AAUCGCCCACGGGCAUGUUUGUUUUGACACUUUAGUUUUUAUCGUUUUGAUAUUUAUAUAUGUAUUUGAUUGACAUUUAAAAAAAUUUAGUGAAAUUAAGACGAUUUUUGAGUAGAAAUGCUGGCCGUCGAGUUUGUGGUGCUCUUGGGCGUCCUGAUUUCACCUUUGGCCUCAGCGCAAACCUCUGGUUUUUACUUCGACAACGGCCACCAGCAUGUGCGCGAAAGGCUGCUCAGUGCCGAGGAAAGGGCCAAGAUGCAGCACAAGAUCCUCAACAUUUUGGGCCUUCCGAAGGCACCCCACGGUGCUGAGGUCGUUUCCAACCAUUCCUUGCACCACCCGCACACCAUCGACAAAAAGGCGGCGGCGCCCAAGUUCCUGAUGGACGUGUACCGGAUGCUGCUGGACGAGGAGCAACACCUGAACCACAAAAAGACUGAAUUCGAAAUGACGGACACCGACAUUCAUGCCAUGCACGAGAGCGAUGUCAUCAUGAGCUUCACAAGUCAAGUUCCCCCGACAGUUGCUCUUCGUCACCAGCGUGAUCAGAGAUUGUGGUUCAACGUCUCGCAAGUGCCGUCCGGAGAGUCGAUUGUAGCCUCCGAGCUGAGAGUGAACAAAAGGAAGAUUCCUCUGAAAAACAACAAAUUGGAGAAGUUCACGAUCACCUUGAGUCAGCUUGUCCGGCAAGAGGAUGGGGAAGCAUUAAAGAAAAUUUCUGAAGUGCCAUUUGACAGCUCCAGUGAGGGCUGGAUUUUAUUCAACGUCACUCAGGCACUCUACGAUUGGGUGCACAACGAAAAGUCAAAUCUAGGUCUGAUUAUGACUGUCACACGACUCAGGACAGGUAAAACUGUCAAGGCAGAGGAAGCAGGCGUCGUCACGGCCCAGCUCAAAAAUUCCGAGAAGCAACCUUUUAUGGUAGCUUUUUUCAAGUCUGAAUUUGACCUGACAGAAUCUGCAGUCACCCUGCAGAUUAGAGACGACCUGCCUUUGAAAGUUGCUGACGAAACUGAAAAUGAAAUCGAGGAAUCGACUGGUCCGAGGAGAGCAAAACGCGACACCAAGAAGAAGAAGAAAAGCCCUGAGCAAAGCUCGGCUGGAUCCUUCAAACACCUCGUUUCAGAUUUGUCUCCCACGCUUAGAUCGGAGAAAAGUUGCCAGUUGAGGACAAUGUUUGUCAGUUUUGCCGAUUUAGGAUGGCAGGACUGGAUCAUCGCUCCUGAUGGAUAUGCAGCUUAUUAUUGUUCCGGCGAUUGCUUCUUCCCGCUCACAUCCCACAUGAAUGCCACAAACCAUGCCAUUGUCCAAACGCUGGUGCACCUGUUGAAACCAACCCUCGUGCCCACUCCAUGCUGUGCACCGACUAAACUGGCCGGAAUCUCCGUCCUGUACUACAUGGACACGUCAGCCAACGUAAUUUUGAAGCCAUACAAAAAUAUGGUGGUGAAAGCGUGCGGCUGCCAGUAAUGUAGACUUUUGACUUGUAUCCUGAAUCUUGCCUGCAUUCCUCAAGGCAUUUUAAGUGCAAUAUUCGAGCAGUGCCUUAAUCAUUUUGAUAUUAUAUUUAGAUCUGCAACUUUAUUUAUGCUUGAUUUACAUAUAUUCCUACUUCUUUGUACUUUAGGAGACGUCUACUUAUUAGAUUUUGUAACGAGCCAGUAGGUGAAAAAGUAGGUUUUAAGUUACAGGUGCUAUUAAUGUGGUGGAUGGGUCCAAUCUGUUUAAUUGACAAUAAUUUGUAAUUCCUUUAUUGAUUUUCAUAUAAAUUCCACACAUAUCAGCAAAAGCCAUUUCUUGCUAUGAAUUGUGCCAUAUUUUAGAAAUAAAAAUCUACAACAAAAAGAA